AGACAGUAGUAGUAUUGUCAAAGUAUUAGACUUUAGGGGUUAUUUUUAGAAGGGUUUUUGGGGUACCAUGGACGUACCAAAUCAUGCAAGGCGGCCGAUACGGCGAUCCAACGGACCUACGGUAGACGUCCUCCUCCCUAGUCUCAAACCAGGCGCUUAUGGCCACUUUGAAAAGAUCAGAGACACCACCGAACUCUUGCGCCUCUUCCACCGCCAACACAUGCGAGGCUUCCGCGACCUGGAAAGAGACGAAACCGCCCUGAACAGACAAACCGAGAAGAUAAUCCGAGACAAGAAAUGCAAAGAACAACGGACCUUCGCGGCGAAAGUCAAAGACCGCUUCCACGAGAAGAUGCAAGCGUACGAGGACGCCGUCGAGAGGCGGCGUGAGAAGCUACGACAGCUGCUGUGCUCGGAGGAACGACAACACGUCCGAGAAACGAUCAGCGGAUCUCAACAAGUGGCGCAGUCCAAAACUGAAGAAAAGUUAGAGGCGGGGCGACAACAUCGGCUCCAACGAGAAGCGCAGCUGCUGGAAGAGGCAAGGAAAAAGAAAAUGCAGCACUGGAUAAACAACGACGACGAAGUGAGGAAUUUGCUGAUGAAGAAACACGCAAUGGAGGUGCAGAAGGUGCAGCUGGAGCAGAUGAAGCAAAAUGAGCUGCGGAAAGAGACGGAGCGGGAGACGGACAAGUUUUACGCCGCAGUGACGAUGAAGAACCAACAGGCUCAAAUGGAGAGGGAAGUGGGUGAAGUUGUGAAGAAACACCAGGCGGCGAUGGAAACCAAGGAAGUGCUGGAUAAACAGAUACAGGGUAUACAACUCGUGCAACAAGAAGCAGAGAGAUUGGCUGCUGAAGAGGCCGUGGAGUUGGUUAAACUCCGCGAACAAAUUAGACGCGAAGAGAUACAAAAGCUUGACGAAAAGAGAAGAAAACGCGACCAGAUGCGUAAAGAACUUAUGGAACAGAUUGCCAUACACCAGAAAUGCAUUGCUGAAAGGAAGAGCAUUGAGAAUCUUCACCGGACGAUAAGAUAUGAGUUGAGGCAGAAGGAGUAUGACGAGGAGAUGCGGAAGGAGGAAGACACUAGGGCAUCCAAGAAACGCUCGUUGUUGAUUCAUCAGCAGCACCUGAAGGAACUGGAGAAAGAAAGAAAGAGGGAGGAGGAGCAGUUAGAUCAGUGGUUACUGGAGGAUAGGAGGAUGGCCGAGAAGAAGCAAGACGAAGCGCGUUGUCUGAUGUUAAAAGCCAGACAAGAGCUGCAGAAGAACGUGCUCCUAGAACGCGCCCAGCAGUUGGAAUACAAGAAACAAGAAGCCCAAAACUACUUGAAGCUGCAACAGGCCGAAAACGAGUUAUUGAAAAUCGCUUGUGACAUGAACGCAAGACUGCAAGAGGAGACCGACAGAUUGCGCUCGGAGGAGCUGAAGACGUACAAGGGCCACCUGAAGAAACAAAUAGAAGAACGUGCAGAGCAGACGAGAGCCGAAAAGCAGCAACUAGAGCGUGAACUAGCCGAAGGCCUCGCCGAGGAGGAGCGCCGUCGCCAGCUGGUUCUGCAAGUGUUCCACGCAGGACAGGCAGAGAAGCAGAACAGACAUCCUCAUAAAGUCGUCCUGGAAAUGCAAUGUCCUUGUGCGAGUAAUCCGGCCGCCCAUUACAACCUUUUAGCACAACAAAAGAACCAGUAAAGAAUUAUUUGCAAUGAAA